UCAUCCUGACUUCCGCAUUUUGGGUGUGUGUCCCGAACAGAACGUUACUCCGUGAGUCACCCCUGUAAAGGCCGGGAUUUGGCGCUCCUUUCCCGACAUUCAGACAUUUUCCCCGUCAGAGGUCAGACCAGCGGGCCCUCGCGCCCCUCCGGCAUGUUGUUUAGGGCGGCGGUGUGAGAUUUUGAGCGCCUUUUCCAGCCGAACUGUUCGGGUUUUAUAAAACUCGCGCGGGUACCGAGUACGAGUCGCGCUCCGAGUGUGUGUUUCCGGCGGCGGAGCGACCGUUUCCUUUGUUGUGGUCCGGCUCUGGCAGUCUAGAACCCAGGCACCAUGCUGCAGCAGAUCCUGAAGACGAUGUACGUGGAUCCCGAGAUUCUGUCGGAGCUGUCCGAGGAGCAGAAGCAGCUGCUGUUCUUUAAGAUGCGUGAGGAGCAGGUGCGCAGGUAUAAGGAGUGGGACGAAAAGGAAGACAAGAAACCCAAGAAGCCUCCCAAACCAGGGAAGAGAAGGAUCCAGUUCCUGAAAGGUGCAGACGGAGAGCCGUGGACCUGGGUGAUGGGGGAGGGACGCGGGGAUGCGACGAUCGAGGAGAUUAUGGACCGCGAGGAUCAGCUGAGAGCGCAGAGGCUGGCCGAGAAGGAGGCUGAGGAGCUGAAGAGGAAGAACGAGGAGUUGAUCCGAGCGAAGCUGCAGGCGGAGAAGGAGAAACUGGAGCGGGAGAAGCGACAGCUGGCCGAGGCGAAACGGAAGGAGGAGGAGGCGUACGCCAGCAGGAAGGAGGCCAAGAUGGCGGCCGAGCGGGCGCGGAAGGCCUGGGCCGAGCAGGAGAGACAAGCCAAGGAGCUCGAGAAGAAAAAAGAGGCCGAACUCAAGUGCAACCAUUGCCAGGAGCCGGUACUACAGAGAAAAGAGCAGAUGGAGAGACGGCGGAGUUUCGAGGAGGUUCACAAGAAGGCGGAGAAGCGUGCCAAGGAGCUGUACAUGAGUCUUAAGGAGGCGCGAGAAACGGCCAUUAAGGAGGCGGAGCAGGAGCAGGAGAGGAAGGAGAGGGAGUGGAGGGAGCAGUUACAAAAACAGAAGGCGGCAGACAAGAGAAGAAGCAUGCUGGCGAGAAACGCCCGCGAGGAGUUUCGCCGGUCGGUCCACAUGGCGAUGGCCGACAACAAGAAGCAGACGGUGUACGACGUGGCCACGCAGUUACAGAAACAGUCGUUAGGGGGCGCUGCACCAGCCACAAGGACCAGCAAGACCUCGUCACCAACGCAAGCGAGCCUCCCAGCGCGGCCGACCUCGCGGCAAGAGGUCAUCCGGUGGUUCCAGGACUUCGAGCAGCCGCGCCAGGCAGGACUGGACGCUCGGACGCACCAACCGGCGGCCUGGUUUCACGGCAUCAUCUCCCGUCAGGAGGCGGAGUCUCUGCUCGAGGGUCGGCCGGUCGGAAGUUUCCUGGUGCGGGUGAGCGAGCGCGUCUGGGGCUACACCAUCUCGUACCGGGCCGAGGGGCGCUACAAGCACUUCCUCAUCGACACCUCCGACAACACCUACCAGUUCUUCGGCACAAACCAGCUCUCGCACACAUCGCUCUGGGACCUGGUCAACUUCCACAUGAGUGAGCCGAUCUCCAGUACGGGAGGGGAGGUUCUCAAGGCGCCGUGCGGACAGAAGAAACAGCCGCCCGACUACCGGGACCUCAUGGAGCAGCAGAACUCAUCAUGGUUAUAACUACGUCUUAAAGACAUCACAUAACAUCUUAUUUAGUAACAACGUCUUAAAGACAUCGCAUAACGUCUUAUUCAGUAACAACGUCUUCUCGCCAGCACAAUACACACUGUACAUUUCCAAACCAGCACCCGGAAAGGCUGUUAACGGGAUCGAAAGAUAAACAUGUACUAUAUCAAGAAAUAUAGACAAAUUAAUUAUGAUAAUUGUCUUUCUUUUUAUUUUCCUUUCUGUGUGUGUUGUAUCUUUCAUAUCUUGCUUUUUGUUACUGUAAACUGCCCUGCCGAGUGCUGGUUUGGAAAUGUGACAGUGGUAUGUGAGAAACUGGCCCAGGACGUCAGCAUGGCUCAUACAGGAACCUCAGAACUCUGCAACCUGCUG